CCAGGGUAGCCGGUGCGCGAUGCGUGCGGGCGGGGAAGCGCCGCACCAGGUGCUGGGCCGCCUGCGGUUCCUGCUGCAGUGCAGCGAGUGCUUCCGCCGCGCCCGGGCGCUGCCCGCCGCGCUCUGCUACGUGCCGCGGGAGGUGCAGUACAAGAUCUGCAAAGACCCCGCCGCCGCCCCCGCCGCCCGCAGCCUGCUCAGCGUGUGGGACAGCCCGGGGCCGGCGCGGGGCGGCAAGCGGGCGGCGCGGACCACCAUCGAGGUGCGGAAAGGCGGCUGCCUCCGUGCCACCGGCGAGGAGUACUGCAACGGUGCCGGGCUCUGGGUUAAGCUCAGCAAGGAGCAGCUGGAGGAGUACCGGAGCGGCUGCGAGCUAGAGGAGGGUUGGGUGCUGGUGUGCAAACACGCCGACGGUGGGGACCGGCUGGUGCCGGUGGAGUCCACGGAGCGGAUCCAGCGGCAGCAGCAGCUUUUUGGGGUGGACUACAAACCCGUCAUCAGAUGGGAGCAGGUGGUGGAUCUGACAUACUCCCUGCGCCUUGGAGCGAAACCCAAGCCCAUGGAGCAGGAUGAGGCUGCAGUAGAGAAGCUUCGGUAUGUGCCCCCAACAUGGACUUAUGAAUGUGAUGAAGACCUAGUGCAUUUCCUGUAUGAUCACAUUGGGAAGGAGGAUGAGAACUUGGGCAGCGUCAAGCAGUAUGUGGACAGCAUCGAUGUCUCGUCUUACACGGAGGACUUCAAUGUGUCAUGCUUGACCGACAGCCAUGCUGACACGUACUGGGAGAGUGAUGGGUCCCAGGGCCAGCACUGGGUGCGGCUCAACAUGAAGAAAGGCACCAUUGUCAAGAAGCUCCUGCUGACAGUGGAUACCACUGAUGAGAACUUCAUGCCCAAGCGAGUUGCUGUGUACGGGGGCGAGGGGGACAAUCUGAAGAAAUUGAAUGAUGUCGGCAUUGAUGAGAGUUACAUUGGGGAUGUCUGCGUCCUUGAGGAUAUGACAACACACCUGCCUGUCAUUGAGAUCCGGAUUGUGGAGUGCAGAGAUGAUGGGAUUGAUGUUCGCCUCCGAGGCAUCAAAAUCAAAUCCUCUCGACAGAGGGACUUGGGGCUGAGUGCUGACAUGUUCCAGCUGCCCAAUCUAGUGCGCUACCCUCGCCUGGAAGGGACAGACCCUGACCUGCUGUACCGACGGGCCGUGCUCAUUCAAAGGUUCAUCAAGCUCCUGGACAGUGUCCUUCAUCACUUGGUGCCUGCCUGGGACCACACUGUUGGCACGUUCAGCAAACUCAAGCAUAUCAAGCAGUUCUUGCUGCUGUCCAAGAGGCGCACAGCUCUCAUUACCCAGUGUCUGAAGGACUCGGAGACCAGCAAGCCCAAUUUCAUGCCGCGGCUCUAUAUUAACCGACGCCUGGCUAUGGAGCACAGAGACAACCCUGCCCUGGACCCCAGCUGCAAGAAUGCUGUCUUCACCCAGGUGUAUGAAGGCUUGAAACCUUCAGACAAGUUUGAAAAGCCUCUAGAUUAUAGGUGGCCGUUGCGUUACGACCAGUGGUGGGAGUGCAAAUUCAUCGCAGAGGGCAUCAUUGACCAAGGUGGCGGCUUCCGGGACAGCCUGGCGGACAUGUCGGAGGAGCUGUGUCCCAGCUCGGCAGACACCCCUGUGCCUCUUCCCUUCUUUGUGCGCACAUCCAACCAGGGCAAUGGCACUGGGGAAGCCAGGGACAUGUACGUACCGAACCCCUCCUGUAAAGACUUUGCAAAGUAUGAGUGGAUUGGGCAGAUCAUGGGAGCAGCUCUGAGGGGCAAGGAGUUUCUGGUCCUGGCUCUUCCUGGCUUCGUAUGGAAGCAAUUAACAGGGGAGGAAGUCAGCUGGAGCAAGGACUUCCCUGCUGUGGACUCUGUGCUGGUGAAGCUCCUGGAUGUGAUGGAAGUCAUGGACAAAGACACCUUUGAGUUUAAAUUUGGGAAUGAGCUGACCUACACAACUGUGCUGAGUGACCAGCGCAUGGUGGAGCUGAUCCCCAACGGCAGCAGCACCGUGGUGCGCUAUGAGGACCGCAGGGAAUUCAUCCGCCUGGUGCAGAAGGCUCGUCUGGAGGAGAGCAAGGAGCAGAUCAUGGCCAUGCAGGCUGGGCUGCUGAAGGUGGUGCCCCAAGCUGUUCUUGACCUCCUCACCUGGCAAGAGCUGGAAAAAAAAGUCUGUGGAGACCCUGAAGUCACAGUUGAUGCCCUCAGGAAGCUCACCCGAUUUGAGGACUUUGAGCCACUGGACACCCGUGUUCAGUACUUCUGGGAAGCGCUCAACAACUUCACCAACGAGGAUCGCAGCCGCUUCCUCAGAUUUGUCACUGGCAGAAGCCGCCUUCCAGCACGGAUCUACAUCUAUCCAGACAAGAUGGGCUCUGAGACGACGGAUGCUUUGCCAGAGUCGUCCACCUGCUCCAGCACCCUCUUCUUGCCCAACUAUGCCACAGCCAAGGUCUGUGAAGAGAAGUUGCGCUACGCUGCCUAUAACUGCGUGGCCAUUGAUACAGACAUGAGUCCGUGGGAGGAGUGAUGUUGCAGCCUGGCCAAGCAGCAUGGACAAUGGUUUGACAAAACCACACAGUGGGACGAGCUCCCUUGUCUCCCAGGAUGUGUAUAUACAAUAAACAUAAAGGUGUGAAGCCUGGCUCCCAGCAGUGGUAACCAGGACCUCUUUGCACAUGGAGAUUUGGGUCUUCAGCAGGGUGGGAGCUAGCUUGAAGUGUAAAUGUGAUUGCAGUAAUGAAACCCUGGCCCAGCCCUCAUGCAUCAGAAAGGUCUGGUGGACUUCUACAGUGCAUUUCUUCUCCACAUGUCCCUGUUGCAGCUCCACAACUCUCACUCCUCUCUGGCUGUGUUCUGCUCCAGAGGUGGGGUAGGGCCACAAAGUUGCAUGACAGGUUACAACACAGGACAGUAAAAUGUGAGCUGCUGCUGAGACCACAGGGAUGCUCAGUGUAUCCUAGCCUUAGUGUUCUGACCACAUUCCCUUGACUUGUUCCUGCUCUUACCUGAGAUCAGUGGAAAUCAGGUUAUUCAUCUAGGUUUAAGAAGAAAUGGAGCAGGAUGGUGGCAGGUGCUGCAAGGGUGCCUCUGGCCAGCAGGUGUCACGACAGACCUGCUCAGCAGGACUGCAGGUGCUGUCAAGAAAGGUCUCCCAUGCUUUUACAUUGCAUCAAGCCCCAGUACCUGUGACCACCAGUGGUUCCCCUGCACUCUUCACACAGCAGUGACUGAUGGGGGAGCUACUUCCUUACAGGAGGUGGGAAUUGUCUGCUUCCCUUCUGCUCUGUAGCUUUCAGUUCUCCAUCCAGCAUGCUGGUGGCCUAGCCUGAACAUUCUCCCAGGCUCUUUGAGCCAGUGUGAUACAUUUCCCUGUUGGUGGCUGAGUCACUUCCUAGGGUGUCUGGUUUAAGCAGGCAUGAGCAAGCUAGAGAAAGGACUUUGAUCUGCUGGUUUAGCAUUGGUUAGGAAUGUUGGUGAAGGAGCCUUCAGCAUCAAGCAGGGAUUUGAAAUGAGACAUUUGGAUGAAAUUGAUCCUGCUUUUUCCAGCCUUGAUCAUUUGCCUCUAGGGAAGAUCAACAGGAGGUUAUAUUUAUUGAGCAGAACUGGAAGUAGCAAGGAAAAUGUUCGUGUCUGCUUGUGCUUUGUCAUCUGGCAGGAGAAUGUUGAUUGGUGAGUGGCUCAGGGUCAGAUGGAUAAAAUUGACUUAGUCUUUGGUGGAAGGAUUUGCUGAUGUCAUCUAUGUCUAAGGGCCAGCUGGGGCUGCUUGGGGUAACCAGCUGGGAAGAAAUGGGCACCUCUGGCUGAGACAUUUCCAGCAGGUGAUCCCUGUCUCCCCUAGCCUUAGUGGCAGCAACUGCGGAUGUCAGAGGGUAACUGAGCUAAUUAUGGAGGUACCCAGAGCAGCUCAGGUUUCUCACUGAGUGAUAAGGUGCUUGGACAGCUCUAUUUUCACUUGUCCAUGCACACAGUCGUAGCCCU